GUGUCUCCUGUCCCCUCUGGCAGGUGAGAGGAUCCUGGGCCACGCGGAGGAGCCGUGCUACCUGUGGUUCGUGAUGGAGUUCUGCGAGGGGGGGGACCUCAACCAGUACGUGCUGUCCCGCAGGCCCGACCCCGCCACCAACAGGAGCUUCAUGCUGCAGCUGACCAGCGCCAUCGCCUUCCUCCACAAGAACCACAUCGUCCACCGGGACCUGAAGCCAGACAACAUCCUCAUCACCGAGAAGUCGGGCACCCCCGUGCUGAAGGUGGCCGACUUCGGGCUCAGCAAAGUCUGCGCCGGCCUCACCGCCCGGGGCAAGGAAGGAGGGCAGGAGGGCAGGACUGUCAAUGUCAACAAGUACUGGCUCUCCUCGGCCUGUGGCUCUGACUUCUACAUGGCCCCCGAGGUCUGGGAGGGGCACUACACAGCCAAGGCUGACAUCUUCGCCCUCGGCAUCAUCAUCUGGGCCAUGAUCGAGAGGAUCACCUUCAUCGACGCCGAGACCAAGAGGGAGCUGCUGGGCACCUACAUCAAGCAGGGCACUGAGAUCGUGCCCGUGGGGGAAGCGCUGCUAGAAAACCCAAAGAUGGAGCUGCACAUCCCUCAGAAGCGCAGGACUUCCAUGUCGGAGGGGAUCAAGCAGCUCUUGAAAGACAUGUUGGCUGCUAACCCGCAGGAUCGACCCGAUGCCUUUGAGCUGGAAACCAGGAUGGACCAGGUUACAUGUGCUGCUUAA